CCCCUGCCGCUGUUAGAGCGGAGAGACCAACACCAACACCAACUCGACGUGCUCCUCGGGCGGCGGCGGGACUCUUCUUCCUCCCCAAGAAGUACCGCCGCCACCAAGCGCCGCAGCUCCCCCCCAUACUACCUUCCGAGUUCCGAGCCACCUCGCCUCGCCCACAGAUCGCACAGACAGCAAUGGCGUCCCCUGAGCCCGCCACGGAGCCCAGCCUCGCGCAAGAGAGCCCCACUCCCACACCCGCUGCGGCGCCCGCGGCCGCGCAAGAAGGUCCGCCGCAACCGCAAGAGCCUGUCCCCGAAGCGGCGGCGGAGAACGCGGUGAAGGCGGAGGGGGAGGAGGAGGAGGAGGAGGAAGGGGAGUGCGGGUUCUGCCUCUUCAUGAAGGCCGGCGGCUGCAGGGACACCUUCGUGGCGUGGGAGGAGUGCGUGGAGGCGGCGCAGAAGGACGGCGACGACAUGGUCGAGCGCUGCCACGAGGCCACCGCCAACCUCAAGAAGUGCAUGGACGCGCACGCCGACUACUACGCGCCCUUGCUCAGGGCCGAGGAGGCCGUCAACAAGCGCGCCGAGGCCGAGGCUGCCGCCGCCGCUGCUGCGGCCGACGACGACGCCGCGAAGGACAAGGGAGGGGAGCCAGCGACUGAUUCGGAGAAUAAGGAAGAAGGCGUGCCCCAGCCGGCUGCUUCCUCCCCGCCAGCCGCCGGCGUGGGUAACGAUGCGGAGAAUAAGGAAGAAGCCGUGCCCCUGCCGGCCGCCGGUGAGGCGAAGAAAGAAGAAGCUGUUGCUGAGAAGGUUUGAUUGAUAUAACUAACAAUUGUUGUUGGGUUGGUUAUUAGAUUCAUACUGGUUCCUGAAUCCUGAGGUUAAUUUUGGUUCCCUUUGUGGGGAAAUAAGGCUGUUCUGCGCAUAAUUGUUGGACGUGGUACGCAAUUUAUACUGAAGAAGUUUUGAUACUGUUACAUGAUUUUGGUGAUGCUGCCUGAUGGUGUAUGCUACUCUUUUCACUGAAAGUCUGAAACCAUAAGGAUUA